UAAUUUGCUUAUUUUUGAUGGACCAAACUUAAAACUUAUUAUACCAUAUUAACUAUUAACUAAAUUAUUUUUUCUUAUAAAAACUAAAAAUAAGGUAAAAAAAAAAACACACCUUUAUAAAUUCCAUUGAAAUCAAAAUUACUAAUAUAUUCACACAAAAGAAAAGGUGCAAUAAAAGAAAAAAAAAAUUUCCUCCACACCUCUUGUAUGAGCAACAUUAGCUGUCCUGUACAUAAUCUCCUCAAGUCCCCCAUCCAAUAAUUUUAUUUCACCUGUGUUUCUCUCUCUCUCUCUCCUCUUUUCUCAGUUUCUCUCACUCAUGGAGUCAAAUUGGAAUUGGUGAAAAAGUGGGGUUAUAACACAGAAAACACAUUUAUAAUAAUAAUAAAAUAGCACUAUAUAGAAAACUUUCUUUGAGCUUUACUUUCCCUAAAUUGAUGAGAUUUCUAGAGAGAGAAAAGGGUUAGCUAAAAGUGGCUGCAGGCUUUGUGAUGCAAACUAGAGUUUUGGUGAAGAUUGAGGCAUCAUGAGUGAUUUGUGCUCCACAACUGCAGAUUGUAUUCUUGUUCUUUUAAAUUAAAGCUUCUAUCAGUUAGUAUUCAGUAAUAUUCAGAAUAUAUAGUGGAGAGAUCUAGUCUGUCUGAAGCUUCAGGAUUAAUCUUCUUUUAAGAUUAUUUCAUGAGUGCGAUUUCAAUGAUGGAAUUGAAUGCAAAAAGUCCCUUCUUGUGGGACUGGGAGAAUUUGGUCAUGUUUAACACAAAGGCAGCUGAAGCACCUAAAAAAUUGCAGUUAGUGGACUCUGAGAUUGAGGGGAUAGAUGGCUUUGAAGUUGGGUCUUUCUAUUCAUCUGGAGGUCGCAGUGAUGGCGGUACUGCUUCUGACUUGGGAUAUGCUUCCUCAUCUAAAAGCUCAAAAUCAGCUUCUGUUGAUUCAUCCACUGAUAGAGAGAUCAAAGGAACCCAGUUCUCAUUGGAGACAGCUGAUUGUUUUCAACAGGAUCUUAGAAACAGGAAAGAUUUGGUUAAUAAUUCUGGGAUGGCAAGAACAUCACCAACAAUUGAAAGUUCAGCUGCUUCUGGUGAAUCUUUGAUCGCUCUGGAGCUAGGGAAGCGGACGUACUUUGAAGAUGUUUCUGGAGCUAGCAAUGUGAGGACUACUGCUAGGACUCCUCUUCCACCCGAUUCUGUCACUAAGAAAUCCAAAACUUCACCUCUCAGUACAGAAAGUCCCCGCUGCCAAGUUGAAGGAUGCAAUAUUGAUCUUUCCUCUGCUAAAGAUUACCACCGGAAGCACAGAGUCUGUGAAAGUCAUUCCAAAUGCCCCAAGGUUGUUAUAAAUGGACUUGAGCGAAGGUUUUGUCAACAGUGCAGCCGGUUUCACGGCCUUUCGGAGUUUGACCAAAAGAAGAGAAGCUGCAGAAGACGUCUUUCUGAUCACAAUGCACGUCGCCGGAAGCCAAAGCCAGAGGUCAUCCAGUUCAAUUCGAUGAGGCUGACAUCCUCCUUAUAUGAGGGUAGAAAUCAGCUGAAUUUCUCUUUUGACCAGGUACCAAUGCUUCAAACUAGGCAUGGUACCUGGGACAGUGCAAGCGAUUCCAAGGUCACACUGGCAAAAUCCGGAUUUUUUAAUAACAUUAAAUCAGGGGGUACUGAUGAGCUGCAUUCAACCCACAAUGGACUGCAUAGCCCAGCAACCAAAAUCACUCCUGUAUCAACGCAAUUAAUGCCAUCCAAGGGCGUGCCAUCCGAUGUCUUUCAGCGAGGUUUACCGGUCUCUGUGGCACCGUCCAACUUGGGUGCAGCUCAAGAUUUCCGUGCUCUCUCUCUUCUGUCAACAAGUUCGUGGGGUUCAUGUGAUCCAGAACCUUCCGCACUUAACCAUCCUAUGCAUACAAAUCACGCCCCUUUGCCUACCAUGCACCACCCCGUGCCUCUUGGUGGCCCACCCAUUUCAUCGGAGUUCUGGCAAGCUGAUCAACCUGCCUCUUCUGGUCAUGGAUCACAUACCUCGACUUUCCAGUUGUUCAAAGCACCGAACGAAUCCAACUUUUAUCUUUACUAAAGUUGCAGUUGAUGAUAUGCUGAGUAGUAGUUAAAUUAUGUGUGUUGUUGGUUACAAUGAAGUAUUUUGCUCUUCCUAGACCAUUAAGUGUAUGGAGUUUUAUGUGGUUAGGUAUGAGCUUAGCUGUUGUGCUUGCUUAUCAUGCUUGACAUCUAUCUAUUCUAAACAUUAGCUAUGAUUACCAGACCUUGUAUAAGUUGUAUUGCAAGGAAACUAGAAGUUGUAUAAUUGUUCUGACAAUUGUUCUCAGCUUACUGGAUGUAACUGGGACUAUAUCCUGCACUAGUAGUUAUUGUAAGGAGCUUUAUAUUUUCA